UCGCUUUAUAAAGCAUACUGAUGUAACUUAAAAUUACAGCACUAUGCAAUGCUGAUCCACAUGAUCUGUGACGUGCUUCAGCUAUCCACAUGCCACUGCAUUCCUGCCUGGAAUCCAAUCUAUCGCUAAGUUGAUCUCCCAGCGGAUUUGCAUGGGCAUGCCCACAGAGUGCCGUUGAAUGGCAUUGAUUUCUGUUCGUGUCCAGUUUCUGUAGGCCGUGGUGGAACUAGUUCCUGCCAACUGCACUAACGCAACGCUGUGGCAUUAUUAUGUGGCAUGACGUUGUCGCAUCCGCCAUUCCAGCCACAGCCAGCCGGUUCACCCAUCUCAUAGCCGCGGGUACUGGCUGAAUUCUCAGGUGCUGGUGACCUGAAUGGGCUCCUUUUAUGCACCUGCUGGGUCUCUUGUACCUUGCUGCCAGUGCCAUUAUAAACGGACAGAUGCUCACUACGAGUCAAACGACAACCAUCACAACGACCACCUCCCGAAUUACACCAGCGCCUCUCCAGUGUUGGAGCUGUGACAGCCAGUAUCCGCGCACCCAGCCGGCAGCCACCCGCCGCUGCCUAGCCGGUUACCUGACCGACGCCAACCAGUUAACCUGUCCGCCGGCAUCCGUCUGCGGCAUCCGUUACGACACGGUGAAUCUGGACGAACUCCAGCAGAUCGUCAUGAGACGCGUGUGCCUAACGGUGGAGGAAGAAGCGCGCAUUAUAAGCGAUUAUCCCUAUUCGCAUCGGGAGCCGCUGGUGUGCGAUAAAUGGUUGGAGGACGCUACGGGCGAGGAAGUGUACAGGGGAUAUUCCUGUGUGUGCCAGGGGAAGCUGUGUAACCGUUUUUCCACUUAUGCGACCAAUGUUGCCGUUAAUAAUGUCGGAAUGCCGACGGAGCAGAGACAGGAGAUUCCUCUUACACCUAACAACGUAGAUACAUAUGGCAAUAACGAUUAUUACUAUUACGACGACGACGAGGAUGCCAUGCAGUUGCGCAGCGGCGCCCUGGGCGGCGGCAGCAUCGACAGUAUAAUGUUUGGCGAGACGAUAGCUCCUGAGGAUACUCCAGGGCUUCCGGCCACGCCUCCGGGAACAGGCAGCACCUCGCCGGUCAAUGCGGUAGCAGGCGGCAGUCGCUUGGGUCCGUGUCUAUUCCGAGUGGUGGCCAUGACAGCCUGGUUGAGCGCCGUCACCGGUCCAUGGUCCUGGAGGCAACGGAGUGCGCAGUAAAUUUGUCGUGCACUGUUCUGCCGUUCUGUGUAAUUGCUGGGAAGUAGGGUAUAAUCCAUGAUGAAGUGUUUCGUAUUGUGGUUAUAGUGGUUUUGUGGAGAUUUCCUAGCCGGUUUGAUUCGGUUUUGUGCACAGUUAUCGUUAUUGGCGUUAUGCAUACUGCAGAAUUUAACCGAAUGCUGCGUGCACAUACGGCUGCGCAGCGUAUUUACCCUGUAUUUCCUGUAUGUGCAUACCCUAAAGGCUAUUGUACAGUGCACAAGGGCGGUUAAAUUUGCAUCGAGCGCAGCGAGAUGCUAAUGUACUGUUAAGCCUUCGUCAAGAGCGUAAAAUUUGUCUGACGGCACGAAGAGCGUACGUCACGCUUGUCCAGUUCCAGAAAUCCAAUGCCGUUUUCCAGUGGUACU